AUGCUAAUUAAGUUACACUUGUUCUUUAAUUCCUCCUUUUGUAAACCUGUAGCUAACAGUAUAGUAAGGCAUGUAGUUACUGUUGUUUAUAUGCUUCUUAUGAAGCUGUCAAGUGUAACUAUCUCUUAUUACAAGGAUAAUUGGUUAUAUGGACGCUACUUAUGCUAUGAGGCAGUUCCUGCAAUUGUGGUUAUGCACAUCAGCCCUUUCCAAAAUGCCUUCACCCCAGAAAGAUCAAUUCAUGAUAAUCUCCUUUUAGUGCAAGAAAUUCUGAAUGUUUUUAAAAAAUCUAAGUCUAAAGUAGGUUGGUGCGAUCUCAAGCUUGACAUGGAAAAGGCUUAUGAUAGGAUAGAAUGGGAUUUUCUUUGGGCAGCUUUAGAUAAAUUGGGAUUUCCUGUAAAAUGGAUCAACUGGGUUAAAGCUUGUGUAACUUAUGUUUCUUAUUCCAUUAAAGUUAGCAAUGCCACUACUGAUGUUUUUACCCCGUCCAGGGGGUUAAGACAAGGAGACCCUCUAUCACCGUAUCUCUUUAUUAUAUGUAUGGAAGUCUUUAUUAUUAUGCUAAACAAUGUUAGUGCUAAUUCCACUAUGGGCUUGGGCUUUAAAGUGGCACCCCAAACUGCUAGAAUUCCCUGCCUAAUGUUUGCGGAUGACAACUUACUUCUGUGUAAAGCUAUUAACUCCGCAUGUCAAAACCUACUAAAAGUUAUUACGGACUUCUGCAAGCUUUCAGGCCUACUUGUAAAUUUCCACAAAUCUGCUAUUAUUUUCUCGAAGAACAUCACCCACUCUAAGAGAGACUCUCUAGCAAGUAUUUUUAACAUGACUAAGUCUGAGGCACUUGUUAGAUACUUAGGUGCCCACUUCUCGAGUUUCACCCCUACUAGAGCAGAUUUUUUUACGUAUUAUGCAGAAAAUGAAAGUCAUAUUAAUUCUUGGCAAGCCAACUUCCUCUCCAAAGCAGGCAUCCACCGUCAAUUUUUCUGGAAUCAAUCCCAGCUAGGUAAAGCUCUCCCCCUUAUCGCCUGGAAAAAGGUUUGCCAACCUAAGGACCAAGGUGGCUUAGGUCUAAGAAGAACUUACCCUUUGAAUAGAGCCUUCAUUGCUAAAUUAGGCUGGAAAAUUCUUACGGAAGAAAAUAAUCUCUGGGUAAAAAUUAUGAGGAAGAAAUAUCUCCAGAACAACAACUCCUUUUUUACUGUUAAAAAGAAAACAAGGGAUUCAGUUAUUUGGAACCAUAUCCUAAACCAACGAGAAAUUCUACGCAAAGGAAUAAGAUGGAGAUUAGGAAAUGGUAAAUCCAUUAACUUUUGGAGGGAUAACUGGAUUGGUCAAUAUGCUCUAAUUGACCUUCCUGUUAUUGCACAAAAUGCUAGUAAUGAGGAAACUACAGUAGCUCAUUUCAUUGACGAUAGGAAAAAUUGGAACAUAGAGAAACUCUCUUCUAUUCUCCCGCCUGAGAUUGUCCAAAAAAUUAAAGGAAUUCCCAUUCCAGUUAACGAUCUACCGGAUAACCCUAUUUGGGGAUGUACAAACUCGAGGGAAUUCUCUGUAAAAUCAGCAACUUGGCUUGCGCAUGAUCUCCCUGUUUCAAGCGAGAAAUGGAAAUUCAAAUGGAUCUCUUACAACGCGUUCAAAGAAUGGGAGUUCAGGCUUCUUAUGGAUUCUCAUCAACUUAAAGGUACCCCUUUCACCACCCUUCAGCUCCCAAACAACCAUCCAACCACUUCCCCUCCCAUUAUGGUUAGAUGGUUUCCGCCCCCUACGGACGCCUUCAAACUCAACUUUGACGGUUCAUGCAAGUCUUCAUCAGCGGCAGCAGGCAUCAUUAUGAGAGACAGCAAUGGAAAAACAAUAUCAGCCAAGUCUUUCAAUCUUGGCAAAACUCAAGUCUACAUGGCAGAAGCGAUAGCUCUUCACAAAGGCAUCCAAGAGGCUAUUUGUCUUGGCAUCAAGGACAUUUACAUUGAAGAUGUGGUAUGA